AUACUGGCGGGGGGAGGGGUGGGGUUUAGAGGAAGCGGAAGUGUCAGAGCAGGCGGAAGUGGUACUGCCCUGAAUACCCUGAGCAGCGAGCGGAGGACGGCUUGAUAAACUCCCAUCGUUCAGAGACUAAAAUCGGGAUUCCUUGUACGCUCAAAAUCCUAAAAAAUGGAUAAGAACGACCUGGUGCAGAAAGCCAAGCUGGCUGAGCAGGCCGAGCGCUACGACGACAUGGCGGCUGCCAUGAAGGCGGUGACGGAGCAGGGCCUGGAGCUCAGCAACGAGGAGCGCAACCUGCUCUCCGUCGCCUACAAGAACGUGGUGGGGGCCCGCCGCUCAUCCUGGCGCGUCAUCUCCAGCAUCGAGCAGAAGACUGAGGGCAACGAGAAGAAACAGCAGAUGGCCCGCGAGUACCGCAUGAAGAUUGAGACUGAACUCCAAGACAUCUGCAAGGAUGUGCUGAAUCUGCUCGACAAAUUCCUCAUUGCCAACGCAACUCAGGCGGAGAGCAAGGUGUUCUACCUCAAAAUGAAAGGAGACUACUUCAGAUACCUGUCGGAAGUGGCCUCCGGGGACGCAAAGAAGGACACGGUGGAGAACUCUCAGCAGGCCUACCAGAAUGCCUUCGACAUCAGCAAGAAGGACAUGCAGCCGACGCACCCCAUCCGGCUGGGCCUCGCCCUCAACUUCUCCGUCUUCUUCUACGAAAUCCUCAACUCGCCCGAGCAGGCCUGCACUCUGGCCAAGCAGGCUUUCGACGAGGCGAUCGCCGAGCUCGACACCUUGAACGAGGACUCGUACAAAGACAGCACGCUGAUCAUGCAGCUAUUAAGGGACAACCUCACUCUGUGGACAUCAGAAAACCAGGGCGACGAGGGCGAGGCCGGAGACGGAGACAACUAGAGCGCACACUUCACUGUUGACCCAUGACCCCACUCUCCUCCUCUCCCCUUUCUUCCUUCUCUUCGUACACAUAAAAAAAGCCCUGUUCAUCCCCCCCCCCCCACUCCCACCCCUCUUUUUCGUCCUAACUUUAUCAGCCUGUCCUCCCCCAACUUUCCCUUCUGUAUAACCAACAGCUUGAAUAGCACCCGAACUUCAGGACAGAUGGUUCAAUCGAUAAAAAUACAAAAAAUAAACGGAGGAGUGAGAAAAUGGAAGCUUCUCCACACCCUAA